AGCAUAUAACCCUAUGCCCUUGUAAGGUAACCCUAGGGCUAACCACCAGCUUCCUCCCAAUCCCCAAAUCCACCGCGCAGACACGCACGCCGGCCGGCCGGCGGACGCGAUCCGCUCCGUUGUCAUCGCUCGCGAUACACGCAGCGACUAGGCCCAGCAGGUCUGCACGGCGGUCUCCUCCGGCUGCUCCUUUCAUUCCAGGCACGCCGGGCACCCCCGGUUCGUUCAUCGCAUCUCAAAGAAGGUAGGGAAGCAUCGCAUCUCGCCGGGUAUUGCCAGUUCGCCGCCAUGCCCCAACCGAAGUGCCCAACGGAGCGGAAGAAGGCUGACCACCUCCAAUUGAUUCCUUGCGGGGCCCCGGCCGGGUCUUGCGGGGGGGUCUUGCAGGAUAACAAUGUGCACCAAGAUUGAUACAUACAAGAAGAGGCAGAGGGGACAACAGCAAAUGGACUUUGAAUUGAAGACAUACCACAGGAAGAGGCAGAGGCGAAGGGGGCACCAGCAAACUGUAGAGUUACCCGAUGAGAUUGUGAGGGAAGUCUUGAUCUGGCUCCCUGUAAAAUCCCUGGCAAGGUUCAAGUCCGUCUGCAAGGCCUGGCUUUCCAUUAUCUCCGAAUCUUGUUUUAUCCGUGAGCAUCUCCAGUGCUCCAAGCUGAAAAGAUACUGGAACCCGUCUUCCUUUCUCAUCACGCCCCAUAUUCCUCUGAAACCAGGUGACUCUAUCUUUGCUGCUUUCUCCACCGACAUCCGCUUCUAUCAGUGGUCAUUACAAGAAGACACGAGGGCUGCUGCAACACUCCUUUAUAGGAGGCACUUCCCUGCCGGUGAGUUUGAACCGGUGCUCCCAAUGGCACAUUGCGAUGGCUUGGUGCUGCUCCCCACUAAGACCAAGGCCUACGUCUUCAAUCCGGCCACAAGGGAUGUCCUUGCACUGCCAGAGAGCAAUCGCAACAUGAGGCAACGUGACAACUUGGGCUUUGAUGCUUCGACUGGCAAAUAUAAGGUUGCACGAUCUUUUUAUCGUUCCCGUGAAUAUAAUCCCAUGGGGAUCGCUGCAAUGGGUUUCGAGGUCUUCACUAUUAAUGGAGAAGAAAGCUGUUGGAGAGAAACUUUGGUGGAUCCACCCUACCCUGUGCUGUAUUCAAAGAUUGUUACACACUGCAAGGGGUGUCUAUUCUAUUACAUUGAUAAGAAGAAUCAGCAAAAUCCCCCACAGGCUCUGCUCCGUUUCAGCCUUCAAGACGAAACAUUUGGUGUCACUCCGUUGCUUACUGACACGUACCCUCAAGUUGAAGAUGAUGAAGUUACAAUUACUGAGCUUGGCGGUCAACUAUGUGCUACUUUCUUUUGCAAUACUCUGCAACAAGUAUGUAUCUACAUGUCAGGAGAUGUCAUGGAUCCAGAUUGGAAUUGUUGGCAUAUAAUAAACUUUAUGAAUUGCUAUCCAAUAGCCUCGCUUGGCAGCGGUCGGAUUUUAUUGAGGAGAGGUAGUCUUGUCUUCUGUACUAAUCUGAAAUCGUACAGCAUAGAAGAUAAAUUGGAUAUUGAUGAUAUAAGGUACCUUGGGCCCAAUGAAGACAACUUGGGGCAUGCAUGGGAAGACUUAUGCUGGUAUGACAUACUUCCUUACACCGAAAGUCUUGUUCCAAUUAUUCCUAGGGCCACCUUACAGGCCUUAUAAUGUGUAUGCCUUUGCGCACCAACUUAGUGGAUAACCCAACAUCUUCAUCGAGGGAAGCAUGAAGAAAAAGAAGAAUGAAGAUUAUUUAAUGAUUUAAGGGGCACUUAAAUGAGGUGUUGCAUGUUUGUUAUUUGAGAGCCGGUUCAUUUUGUAGUGUAAAACUUUGGCAUAUAGCCAAUAUUUGGUCAGGUGGUCAGGUUGAGAAGUAUAAGUUAUGUUUAGAUUGUUACCAUUGUCUUGUGAGACGAAGAUUCUAGAAUUAACAAAGUUUGGUAAUGGAGACAAGUGUCGGCAAUGUUUAGAAAUUUGGUAAGGUUAGUUUUGACAACAAAGUGAACAUCUCCUGAGUUGUUUCCUUAUAAACACCCUAAGGCAGUGUUUGGCAAAUGGCAAAGGGAAAUGAUUUCCCACUCAUCUUUAAA